CUUAAUUCUCUCUACCAAACUCUUGAACUGAGAUAUGAAAAACCUAGUGGCUGAGUAGUAGUGUUGUGCUUUCUGAGGAGGAGUGGGGUUGAGAUGAAUUCUUCAAAGGUGUCGUUUUAGAACAUUAAACAUAGACAGGGAUGGUUCUGUGCAACUGUGAUGCUAGCUUCAUGCUUGCUACAAGGGAUUGGAGCUGCACUUCUCGGUGGGAACAUAAACAUGGAAUUGUAAAUAAGCCUGAACUUCACAUAAACUCAUUGAAGAUGCUAACUUCCCAUACAGAUGCAGUAUUUCCGUGCCAUAACCAACAAUUACCUGGCUUGCACACGGUGCCAGCAGAAGCACUUGUGUGGGAUAAUGAUGUGUUGUCUCAUGCCCAGACUGUUGCUAAGGCCAAGUAUGAAUUUUUAUUUGGCUUAGAAGAAGAGAAACCUUCAGAACUAGGUAGUGGCCAUGGAAGCAGCACUUUACUCCCUCAUACCAUCAUCAAUGAAUUUCCAGAGUAUGGCACUGUAGAACCAACUGGAGAUGCACCGAAGGCUUCAUUGUCACACCAGGCAGAGCCUGUGACAUGCAGUCCGGAAGGAUGGGACGGUCACCACCGGGUACCUAGCAGGCCCCUUCCUCAGCAUGCGGCUCCUGCAUGCAAUUCAAGACUUGAUGCUGGGGCAGUGCAGCUGUGCACCCCUGAAGAAGGUUUGCAACCUGCGGGUAACCUGCCAGAGAUCAGGCAAAUCUCUCGACAGCUGGAAGCACUAAAGGUGCAAGAGAGUGCAAGUACACUUCUGGAUUCAGAAAUGCAAAUGGAUAAAAAGAGUGUUACUGGCAGCCAAAAUGUGCAGGCAGCCGGAGAACCAGUUCCAGCAGGCCAAGAAAAACCCCAAGACAUGCCUCUUCCACCUGAACGAACAGCUGAGGAAAAAAUGCAUUUGAUUGUAGAAAAAGAUCUGGCUGCAGUAUGGACUGGGGAAAAGCAGUCCGAGUCCUUGCAAGCCAUCAGUAGUAAAGCCGAGGAGGUCCAUGCAGUGCGGGAGACAAGCUGUCAUAGACCAUCUGUGACAAACCUGGAAGCAGACAGCAGAGUGGAGGGGUGGGCGCGUUUUGAGAAGUCUUCAGCACACAAUCAAGGCAAAAUGCAAAUGGGUCCUGAGAGGAGGCUGUCUAAAGAGGCAGCUGUGAGCAAACAUGUAGAAUUUCAAGGGCUGGAGAUUUUAUGGCUGGAAAAAUCUGAGGAGCAGAGAAGAAAGAAGCACUUGCUGCUGGAGACUGUGUCUGUGGAGAGAAAGAUGUUCCCCAAAAUGUCUAGCCACCCUGAGCCACCGAAUGUCUCCUCGGGUUUGGCCUCCUCACCAGACAGCGCUUGGAGUGAGGUCUGUGAGAACCCGAGGCUAGGACCUGCUGCCUCUGGAGCCACUCCUCCAGUGCAACUCGUUGAAAGUAGGGAGGAUGAAGAUUUUGUGAAGGACAAGAAGAAUCACAGCAAGGAGGAGGUGUCUGUUCUAGAGAAAGACCAGAGCAGGAUGAUGAAAGAGGGGGAAGCUGCCAUAGGAGGAUAUGAAGAUGUCCUUGGUCAGAGGCACUCUGACAUCUCCACUGAUCUGUACAGCUCACAGUUCGAAAACAUCCUAGACAAUGCAUCUUUAUACUACAGUGCGGAGUCACUGGAGACAUUGUACUCGGAGCCUGAUAGCUACUUCAGCUUUGAGAUGCCACUCACUCCCAUGAUCCAGCAGCGCAUGAAGGAGGGUGGCCAGUUUUUAGAUCGGACUUCAGCCUCUGGACAGCCGGAUGUCCUGCAGCUUUCUGCUGAUGAAGAGGUGAAGGGCUGUAGUGAAGGCGUCACCAAUGGCUUAAGGAGUGUAAGUGAAACGCUCUUCAGGGGAGACAUCACGGAAGUCCCUCGUUUGGAAAGCAAUGCUGAACUGCAGAAUAUGGUGUUAGACUCCAGUGCUGCCAUGGGGAACAAUGAACUUCAGGAGAAAGAUGCCACUGGGGCUUUUGGCCAUGAACUCAGCAAUGGCAGCAGCAGCAAUUUGGAAGCAGCCAGGCGCCUGGCUAAGCGCCUCUACCAUCUGGACAGAUUCAAACGCUCUGAUGUGGCAAAGCAUUUGGGUAAAAACAAUGAAUUCAGCAAGCUUGUGGCCGAAGAAUAUCUUAAGUUUUUUGACUUCACAGGCAUGACACUGGACUGCUCGCUCAGAAAUUUCUUUAAAGCUUUUUCACUUAUCGGAGAAACUCAGGAACGAGAGAGAGUUUUAAUCCACUUCUCCUGCAGAUAUUACCAGUGCAACCCAAACACCAUUUCUUCUCAAGAUGGAGUUCACUGUCUCACGUGUGCUAUGAUGCUGCUGAACACAGACCUGCAUGGACAUAACAUUGGGAAAAAGAUGACCUGCCAAGAGUUCAUUGCUAACCUCCAGGGGAUGGAUGAUGGCAAAGACUUCCCAAAAGGGCUGUUGAAGGCCCUCUACAAUUCAAUCAAGAAUGAGAAGCUGGAAUGGGCAGUGGAUGAAGAAGAGAAAAAAAAGUUUCACUCAGAUGGUACAGAUGAAAAGGAUAAUGGGAGUCAGACAAAGGCUGUCAGUCGAAUUGGCAACUCAAAUAACCCAUUCCUGGACAUCCCUCAUGAUCCCAAUGCUGCUGUCUAUAAAACUGGAUUUCUGGCUCGGAAAAUCCAUGCGGAUAUGGACGGAAAGAAAACUCCCCGGGGAAAGCGAGGCUGGAAAACCUUUUAUGCUGUGCUGAAGGGAACGGUCCUGUACUUGCAGAAGGAUGAAUAUAAGCCAGAAAAGGCUUUGUCAGAGGAAGAUCUGAAGAAUGCAGUUAGUGUGCAUCAUGCUCUGGCAUCCAAGGCAACGGACUAUGAGAAGAAACCCAAUGUCCUCAAGCUUAAAACAGCAGAUUGGAGGGUCCUGCUUUUCCAAGCCCAGAGCCAAGAGGAAAUGCAGACCUGGAUCAACAAGAUUAACUGUGUGGCUGCUGUCUUCUCUGCACCACCAUUUCCUGCAGCAAUUGGCUCUCAGAAGAAGUUUAGUCGCCCACUUCUGCCAGCCACCACAACAAAGCUAUCUCAGGAUGAACAGCUGAAGUCCCAUGAAGCUAAGCUGAAGCAGAUCUCCACUGAGCUCGCUGAACAUCGCUCCUAUCCUCCUGACAAGAAGCUUAAAGGAAAGGAAGUAGAUGAUUACAAACUGAAGGACCACUAUCUGGAGUUUGAGAAAAAUCGCUAUGAGAUUUACGUUGGCCUCCUGAAAGAAGGAGUGAAGGAGCUGCUGAGCGGAGGAGAGAAUGAUGGACCAGGACUGAAGAAAUCCCACUCGAGUCCCUCAUUAAAUCAGGAGUCUCCAGUCAGUGCCAAGGUGAAACGCAAUGUCUCGGAGAGGAAGGACUACAGGCCAGAAACACCCAGCAUUAAGCAGAAGGUCACUUAGGGUGGAAAUAAUGAGGGGAACAGCCAUGCAGCAAAGUACUGGUGGUCAAAUUUUUUUCAAAAUAACCUGUCAUUCACAAAACAAAAAAGUGCUUCUGCCUGAAUGGGGUGUUAGUGACAUUUUCUAUUGUAUAUUUUGCUGUUUCUGUGCAGAUUGUGGGAGAUGUCUUUGCUCCUGCUUUGCUUUGUUAAUUUAUCAUUUAGCAAUUGAAGCAUCGGAACUUUUUUGUGUCGUUCUGUUUCUAAAGGAGCUGGGGGAGGGGUAGAGUGCUGUGACAUAUAUUCUGUCUCUUCCCCAUUUAUCUCCUCCCAUCGGCACGUGGCUUUCAUCUCUCAAGUCACUUGUCACUUUAUUUAUAUGGUGGGUGGGAAAAGUAACUGGACAAAUGCUGCGGUGCUGUGAAUGUGAGCUGUAGCUGUGAGAAAAGUUGUGCGAACAGGCAGCUGCAGAAGGCUGGCUAGAACCUACGGUCCUGGGAAUGCUGGUUUCCUGACAAUGCAGAGCAUGUUGGUACUGGUACUUAGCAGUGGGUGCUACAGUAAGUAGUCACUGCUGCUUAUCGCUAUUGCAUUGACCCUGGACCCAUGAGCAUGAAGGAGUGAAACCUAGAAACCUCUGGCAAUGCUGGGAUGAUGGCAUUGGAAUAAGUUGCUUGCUUCCUUCCAAGCAAAGAAUCUUCUCCUGAGGUAGCAGGCUGAGGGGUAUUCAAACCCAUGCUGUCUCUGCAGACACAGAGAUUAGGGAUUACCCAGAUGGAAGGGCUAACUGGGUUUUAAAUUUGUUUUCAGAGGAGGCUGCUGUAGAUGUCAGCCAUUAGCAUUGUAUUUUAAAAGCAAAGGGUCUCUGUGUAGUUUUUAACUAUACGCUUUCCCUUAGCUGCUAUAUAGAGCCUUAUGAUAGAUUGUGCCCUGAUGCUUCCUCUUCCAGGAGUUUCCUUGUUAGUGUGCACUCAUAGGUGUUUGCAAUUUCUUUGCUAGUGACAAAGCACUUUGCCUUUUCUUUUCAGGAAGGGAUUCUCUUAAGCUCCCCAGUUUCCUUCUUUAGCUCACAUAUAGGUGGAAGAGACUGGUGCAGAAUGGGGAAGGUGACAGACAUGUCUUUGUUGUGGGCUAGGAUUUCAUGCCAUUCUGGCUACUACGUGCCUGGAGGCCAGCCCAAGGCAGACUCAGUUCUGGCAGAUACAACCGUCCACCCACAGGGAGCCAUCCAGCCUUGCAGCUCCUGUGUACCCUGCACCAGGCUUUUGGAGGGGAGUACAGGACAGGGAGAGACCACCAUGCAUAGAGCUUUCCAUACCUGAAAGUCCCCUGUUUGUGACACAGACCUUUGGGGUGUCCAGCAGCCUUGAGGCACAGGGAGUAGCAAGAUGAUGUAGAAAUCAUUUUCCUGCUUCUUAAAAGCCCGAGUUUUAAUCUCGUAUUUGAUACUGGCCUGCUGGGUGAGGUUUGCUAGGUCUCUCCUGUUCUGUUUCACCUUUCCUCCUAUGCAAAGUGGUGUAACAAAGCUGUCCUUUCCUGCAGAGCAGUGUGAUGUUAAGGGCCAGUUGAAAAUUGUUUGUUGUUGUUAUUUUUGUUGUGCCUGGCACAGGGUGGCCUUCGAUGGAGGCAUAAAGAAACGUCAAGAUGAAUGCAAAGACUGUUUAGCAGUAGAAUGGUAUUUCCAGCCCAAAUAGUCUAAGAGCUACAUAUCAAAAAAAAAUGACCACCUGAGGGAAUUUGUGGUCUGCCAGACUUCUUGAAUGGUCCAAGUCAAUUAAUCUAGCUUAUUGAACUGCCAGUUCAGAAGGCAGGACAGGGAACAAUCAAAGACAGAAUGACCUUAACAGGCGCUGCAUAGCUUGCCUCCCCCACUGAGAACCACUGUGCACAGCUUCCCUGGUGCUGUGCUUCACUAUUGGCUGCAACAAAGAUGUUGCGCUCUAGGAUACCAGGAAGUGUUAGAGCAAAUUGAUCCUUGCAGUUGCAGCCUGGCAGCAAAACCAGAUGGGAGUAUUUCCACUUGCCGUGUUAGGGUGCACACACACCUGGCAUCUGCCAUUGAGACUGGCUCUGUCCUAGAAGUCAGGAGGUUGGCCCAUAGCCUGGCAAAGCUGCUAAAAACUGCAGAGGCCUGUGUAGAAUCCAUCAGCUCUUCUGAAGCACUGGGGCUUUGGAAGUUGUGCAUGUUUGCUACAGUGGAGCAAAAGUUCAGUCCUCUUCCUGAAGAAAAGAGAUGCCUUCUGCUGCUGAAGCCAAAGUGAUGUGGUGCAGCAUGCUGUAUUAGGAGACUCAGUGUCGACAGGUGCAUGAUAGUACUCAUUGGGAGAGAUUGUUUGAAUUAAUCAAGUGUGACAGAUCAACAGCUCAUGAAGGGGAAACAAAGCCAGGAGAUCCCUGCAGCUGUUCAUUAUGCUCUGGUGGUUUAAAGCAAACAAUCAGAAGAGAGAGAGAAGAAGAAAUGCAUUUAGAGAAUUCCGAAUGCGCAUCUGAGAAGAAAACGUGUCUUGUCUUAGAUAACGGCGUUAGAAAGCGUGCAGCAGAAACAAAAAAAAAGAUGUGCAGCUUUGUAAAUGGGACCUGCUUGGCUGUCAGGGCGUGGUUGUCUAGAUCAGCUUUUUGAAGGCAGGCUGGAACAUGCUCAGCAAACCUCCUGUGAUUAUGAAGUGCAGUGCUUUAAAAGGCAAAGAAGUGACAUUUAACUUUUUUCCCCCAGCUUUUAAAAUAUUCUGGUUGCUGUAGACUGCAGUUAAAUUGCUGAGCUCAAAAAGAUAUUAUUCCUGUAAAAUGCAUUUCACAGCUUUGACACAGAAACUGGAUAAUUCCUCUUCAAAGUCGUUGCAGAGGAGAUGAUAUGAAGCAAUAGAAAAAGUCAAAAAGUGAAAUGCUGAAAUGAUUUUUUUUAAUUUAUUUUUCAUUAUUUAUUCUCUAUUUUCAUGUAUACUUGUAAAUGGAUUAGAGUAUAUUUUUCAAGUCUCACCUGGGCUUAGCAUAUGCAGUUUUUCUCUGCAUUUUUUAGUCAUUAAAUAUUUGUUGAGCUUGGAGCACUCUUGGUGAGACUGCCGAGGCGUGCAGAUUAGUUUACUGAGAUUUUGUCAGUUUCUGCUCAAGUUUUAAUUAAUGCCAUUUUGCUUCAUUGGUUUACAGAUUCUAAGCAUCACAGGCACCCACGUGAAAAUGCACGUAUCUGAGGCUGAGCAAAAAAGGUGAUCCUUUUGUGAAUGCCUAAGGCUCCUGGACUUCCUUGGGAAUAGGAUUAUCUACUAAGCAGUACUGUAAUUUGCUCCCUUCUGUGCCCUCGUUCCUUCCCAUGCUAUUGUAAAGGGUGGGAGCAGGUUCUCAGGAGGUCUCAGUGGUGCAUAUUCUUGUGUGGUACCACUGAGCGUCUGGCCGGAUAGCUCUGCAUUAUACCCAGUACCCUGCCUUUCUUUACUGAAAUGUUUGCCUUCAGCAGAGAUCAAUGCUUGACCUUAGUGAUUCAGGAGCUGCUGUUGCAAUAUGAUAGGAUACUCCAGCCUUCCUCUGGGACCCACCAUGCACGUGAACUCGAUAUCAGCAGAGCAACCUGCAGCAUUCUGGGUGUGUUCCGUGUGAGCAGGAAUUACUGGCAGACCACCGUGAGUGUGUGCGUGUGUGAGCCAGCCUUUGUGGCGGUGGUGCAGAGAGGUGUCAUCCUUCCUUGUCAUCCUUCCUGCUGCUGUGUGCAACUGUCACUGAAGCAAAGCUUCUGCCUGUUAAGAAGGAGAGUGCUAGGAGGGGAGCCAGAUUGGGCCAACAGCUGCUUGCAUCCUCCCUCUCAAGAUGCCGACAGAGGUCCUGGAGAAACCUAUUCUGCUCUGAAGCACUGCUAGUUGCUCAGCCUCCAGGGACUGAAACAUCUCCUCUCCAAGCUGCAGGAGGAGAGGCAGGAAAUGACAUGAUAUGUAUGACAUGCACCUGACAGCAGAGAGGAAAGGACAAAAUUGCUUUCCCCUCUCUCUACUCAGCAACUAAAGCAGGUGAGAUGAAGCCAAAACCGUGCUUUCAGCUGUGAGUCAGCCGGCUGCAAGGGUCCAGUUGAGAUGGUUUUCAUUCAGCAGUGACUGUAAAAGAGACUCUCUGGACUGGCUGUGUGUUUGUGUGCAUCUUGCAGAUAAAUCAUGCAUCAUGCAUGCACCAGUGACCAUGACUUCAGCUUUUAAAUCCAGUAUUUAUUUUGUCUUUAAUUGACGUAGCAAGUCAGCCAGCAGAGUGAUUAGUGCAGUGGAGCUGUGGGGGAAUGCGGUUCAGCUGUGAUGCCAACUCAGACACCUUUUCAUCUAUAGCCAGCCACUUGUAAACGGUUACCAGAAGCUUUCUAAGGGCUCGCAACAGCUCAUCCCGUAAGUGUUUUCCCUCUGAUCAUGCCUUGUCCCAUGGUGUGGUCUGUCCAUUUCUGGGGGCUCUCCUGGAAAGUGGUGCUCAGCACAUGCCUGUUUUGAGUAGGAGUUUGAAGACCUAGCAGACCUCUGGAAAUCAGAAUUAUUUGGUGACUUUUCACAGCUCCAGUGCAUUCUCAUAUCAAAGCAUGUUGUUUUUCUGGCUUGAAACACACAAUAUUUUUGCCUUUCCCCAGGACAGGAACGAGGUUCUUCCUACAUUAGAGCAGUCCCUUCAUUGAGGAGGUGAUUGUGGCAGUGCAGAAAGUCAAAGGUGGCAGGGUUAUCAUUGGGCUUCUAGGGGCAUUGCAUAGCAAUGUAUUUGAAAGUAGGGAAGGCUUUUCUCUGCAGAGGGUGUACCACUUACUGUGUCUGCAUUCUCCAUCUCUGAACCAAUUUUGGCCUUAUAGCAGUUAGUCUGACAGCUCCUCCUCCUUUUCUGUCAAGCUGCUCCUGUCUGUCAUCUUAGCACCUCAGCUGCUUCUGUAUAACAGGUCUCUUUCCUUCCACGCGUGCAGAAAUCCAGAAAAUUUGACUGUCCCAUCUUGCCUUGAGAAAACCUGCUCUUAAGCAGUGCUGUGUUGAAUGGAUAACCGUGUGAAUGCCUUUUUCAUUCUGCUUGUUGGUAGCCUGUGUUUCCAGCCACAGUUACAGCUGGGAGGUGUGAGGUGGAAUUUCAGACAGCCGUGAUCCUCUAGCAUUAUGCUGCAGGGAUGCAGGAUCCCUCCUCCCAUACUCAGACCAGACACUUGUGACAUUCCUGGUUUCCUUUCCAAAAGUCUCAGAGGCAGAGGCAGCACGUGCUGUGGGAAAACUUUGAAACACUGUUUUGCAAGGAGUUGAGUACUUCCCAAAUCAGCCCAUACAUUUUGCAGCCUUUUGGGGAGCUGUGUAAAAAAAAUAAAAAAUAAAAUGCCAUUUUCAGCCAGUGUCCCUUAAACACAGAGGGUUGCCGGAAACACUAGCUGUUUUUGGAGAAGCAAAGGCAGUGUUGCAUACCUAAUCCCAAGCAAUCUUCCAGUUUGCUGCUUGCUUAAACAUUCCCCGGUAUUAUUCUCCCCAGGCUGUGGGGCAUCACAUCUGCUCUGAGAGGGCAGUUAUGAAGUCCGCAUUUCUCCCUUGAGCAUGACCAGUGCUCCCCAGCGUGUGUUCCCAGCAUCUGAUAUCUAGGCUGUCUAAAGGGGCAAGUUUAAGAAGCUGUUUCAGGAAUUUAUUUGAAAGAGCUGGUCUCCAGCUCAUGACUUUUAGAGGAUAAUUUAGUGCAUAUAGAAGCAGUAUGCCCAGCCCAUCCUCUCUCUCAGCACCACAGGUGUAAUACAGUGAGCUGCUUCACCAUGUGGGAACUGAACAUUUUGUCCAGCAACUGUUUUUUCGUUGUCAGCCUCCAGAGAAAUGAUGGCGCCUAAGCUGAGCAGCAGUGCAUAAGACAGUGAUCCUGGAGGAAGAUAGAUGGAAAGCCAGUGCUACCUCCAUGGCUGGUCACCUGCUGGGGACUGUGUGCUUGAGUAUCGCUCUCAGUGCUGAGGGAUAAUUAGAAAUCCUGGCUUUGUUUUCCACCUACACUGUGCUGCUUGAGGCACUGUCCCUACCACCUGCUGCCUUUUUCCCUUUUGACAGCAGCACCCUCAUCCAGGCGUGCCACGGUCCCAUUGUUAGGAAGCUGGUUUAAAUACCAGCAAGAAGGGCAAGAGGAAUGUGUCUGGGUGCCAUCUGGGAGUAUCUGCUCGCCUGCUGGCAACACCCAGUUGAACAGUGAAUGGCAGCAGGCUCAGCCCUGCUUACAAGAGGUUACCUUGCUCAUCUGUUUUGUUAGAUUCAUUGGGACUGUAUUUUAGUUCUUUAUUAGAGCACUUCCCUUAUCAAAUGCAAGCAACAGCUUCUUGGAAGGCUGCAGCAUUGACAUGACUUUGCUCCUGUGGUUGGAAGGAGUGAACAUAGGCCAGCCCGAAGUGUUCUCUGUCCUUCUCUUUUAACAAUGAACUAUGUAAAAAAUAUAAUUGUUUAAACAAUUAACGACCUCCCAUGGCAUCUGCUGUUAAAUCUGUGCCAGGAAUCAGCUUGGAUAAAGGCCAGAGGUUUAUUUGGACCAAGAAAAAGUAUAUGACUUAUCAAUGCAAGGACUGAAAGUGCUACAGACUGAAAGGGCAAGAUUUUUCUCUGACAUAAACUGUUGUAAUUAAUAGCCACUCUGUGGCAGUUGUCCUGUAUGUAAAUCACCUAAAUGAAACCAGCAUAACAAGACACUUUUUUUCUAAGUAGGCAAGGUUUCAGCUUCACCUUGGGCCAAGUUAAUACCCUGGUGUAACCACAGAGCAGCUAGCCAAGCUGCUGUGUAGACUUGUUUCAUGCAAAAUCCUCUGACUUCGCUGAGCCUCUCACUGGUACAACUGAGAUCAAUAACAUCCAGUCUGUGUCACUGCACAGGGCAAACUCUAUCAGUGAUAUAAGUCUUACAUCACUAACAUGCUUGUGAAAACCUCAUGCCCAGUGCUGUCAAAUUCUGAAAGACUGUGGGAUGAGAACAGGGGUGGGUUGUAUGGGGUGUUUUUUUAAUUUGUACAUAUACAUGACAACUGUAUCCUCUUACUCGAGGCUAAGAUUAUAACUUGGCUAAAAGAACAGUUUUUUGGUGAUUUGAAAACUUUAAAAUUGCUACUCUCUGCGUGAGGUACAAUCUGAGGCUUAUAUUACUUGGUUAACGUGUCUAGGUGAUGCCUAUAGAUCUGUUUAUGUAUUUCAUAGGUGUAGUGUGGCUUCUGUGGCUCAGCACUCCAAAGCCUGCUGUUCUUUUCUGAGGCUUAUUUUGGUCAAAGCACUUCAGCAGCUGCAAACUUUGUUAGGAUGCUUGUUAUUCUAGUUAUUCUGAAAUUAGGUUAAACAGUCAUCAGAGCUUUUGCAGAUUUAGAGUAUCCCUUGAGCUGCCUUGAUCUCCAUCUGUUGUCCACCAGGGGCUGCCUGUUGUUCUGCAUGUUGAAAGCAAAGGCAUAUAUCUCAGAGUCUAGGCAAGGAAGCUACUGGGUGGGAUUUUCUGAUAGCUUAACACUGGGUUAACCCUCUCCCUGGUGACGUCAGCCAGUGCCUGCCCUGGGCAGCAUCUGUGCUGAUGACUUCUUAAAAUCACACUCUGGGGAUAUAACGUGCAGCUUUGCUUCUGAAAAUGUUGACCUUGCUCUGUGAAAAUUCAGCAAGAGGACAUCAUGUCCAAAAGAGUUCAAGCAGGACAGGUACCUGUCGUCUCCAGCAGCUACAGCUGUACAGCAGCAGUGAGGGUUUCUUUCUGUACAGAUUUCUGGAAGAAUGUCUGGCUCGUCAGCAGGGAGAAGAGCAGCAGGCCUGAAGUAUCUCUUUUGGGCAUCUUGUAUGCCUCUCAGAGGUUUCCCCUGGGAGGUUUCAAUGACCUUUUAACAAGUUGCUAUUCUAAGUAAGAAGACAUAAGGUAACCCAGUGGGUAUUCCUAUUGCACUCUAGUCAGGGCAACACUAAUAUUAUCUGCAUUAUCCCUGGAAAGGGAUAGCAAAGCUUGAGAGUUGAUUCUUACCUGGAGUUAUAAAACUCUUACCAUACAGUUACAUUGAAACACUUGAGCAACCUCAGUGAAGCCAUGCCUUUGUACUUCACUGGACCAUGGCCAGAGUGAUUGCUGGACAGAGACACAAGUAGACUGCAGCUCAGGAUGAAAUGAAGAGGGACAUCCACAUCAACUUGUUUUGGGCAAGUUGUAAUCCUAUAAUCCUUUUUUAGGCACUGAGCUUCUUUCUUGGGUUACCUUCCUCCCAUGGUGAUGUAAUGGGAAGAUGAACGUCAGUACUGUUGCACUCAGAGUCAUGGUUAGGAAGUGUCAUUUGCCCUCUACCUGAGCUGUUGCAGUGUUGAUUCCCCUUAAACUGAGAAUUUUCAGUUACUCUUGUGCGGUACCCAUAUGGGAAGAGUAACUCUUGGUAGCAGUAGUACAGAAAAACAUUUUGCACUUGCGUGUACACACACCCUGUGCACCUCUUGUGUGCAGAUCUAACUUUACAGCGCCUGACAGCAGUCCUUGCAAGAUCUUUCCUCUGGGUGGCCUCCUAUCCCUUUUGCCAAGUGUAAAAGCGUUUUUUUGAUAACCUUGAACUCAGUUCAGUCUCAUCAGUGAAUCGCUGCAGUGUUUUUCAUGCAACACUAGAGACGCAAUCCCAGUCUCACUACUUUGUGGUAAUUUCUUGGUCUGCUGUGCAGCAGCAUUGAAGUAGUCACUAGAUCUUUUCCAGCAGCAUGAAACUUGCUGCUCUGACUCCUGGGGCAGUUGUUGUCUCAGACUUGUGGCUAUCCUACCAGGCCACCUCGUUUUGUCACUGGGACCAUGUGCGGCCAGAAAAGCGUACUCCACAGAAGUUAGAGUCAGAGCUGUGCAGACUUAAGUCAAGCCCUGGUUUAUGGGAGAUGUUUUCAUGUGCUGCUGAUGUCCAUAAGGACUCAAACAUAUACUUGCUUACACAGAGAUGCUUUCCUGAAGCAGAGUUGUCACUCUUUUCUACAG